AUACAUACCAAUAGAUUAUUGUUUUUAUGACAUUACAUCCGUGCGUGAUUCAUUUAGAGCUUAAAUAUAUAUAUAUUAUUUAAGUUACUGAAUAUGUUAUUGGUAUUUUCUGAAGUCAUAUAAAGUGAAUUAAAAUGAAGUAUUUUAUAAUUAUCUUUUUCGUCACGCCAUCAUUCUGUCAAUACGCAGAAACCCGCCUGAAGCCAGAUGUUACGUUUGGCGAUCGAAACGACAGAUUCGACGUCGCGAACAUCCUUCGACAACAGAAGAACUCCUAUAAAGAUCUCAUGCUUGAUGCGCAAUCUGACGAAGAAUAUAGAAGACGAGGGAAAAAUAAAAAUAAACAUAUAAGAAUUGAAACUCAUGAUAAACAUGGAAAUAAAAACAAUUAUGAUUCAGAUACUCCUAAAUCAAAGUCUUGGUUUGAUCUUCUUAACACGAAAAUGGGAAGAAAAAGCAUAAGAAAGAAGAUUGUGAAGAAAAUAGAAGACGAAGUCAGUCAACUGGCUAACACAAUUAUAACAAAAAUGAGAUCGAUGAGGAGAUUUGACGAUAAUUUCGCUUAUCAUGACAACAUGGACAGCGGAGGUGGUGAUGUUGAUGAUUAUAAUGCUAAUCUAAAAAAAAUUGACCCUGGUUUUAAGGAUUCAAGGCACGAUGAACAUGGAGUAUCUGCUAGAAGACUGCAACGUAUAGUUGAUGAAUUACAUGGGUCAAAACCAAGUCGGCGUGUGUUGUCUGAUCCAGAAAGAGAAAUAUUGCUACAUUACGCCUUCCCCGUAGAUGUUAACAUUGAAGGGUUUUUGCAGACACCAUAAGUUUAUAUAUAACACAGAUCGAGUCCUUGGUCAUUAGAUUGAUUUUAUGAUACAUUGUAAUAAUAAAGUUCUUUAUUUUACUUUAUUACGAAAUAUAAUACGGAAAUAAUAAUUAUAAAAUUUU